CGACGGGACCUGCCAUCUUGAAUGGCAUGGCUCGGCUACACAGUGCGUGAUGAAGGAGAAAUGCGAGCUUUAACGCGGACGUUACGCUGGUAUUACGCUGCGCCGGGACCCGCGUGAGACUCAACGACGACCGUGACGCGAGGAGGCUCGUCCCCUGCCCCGCGCGAUGGAGGCGGUGAAGGCGUUCAACGCGGAGCUCUCUGCUCUCUACGAUGUCAAACCCCCUAUCUCGAAAGCCAAAAUGAAUUCGCUUACACGGGGAGCCAUCAAAGCAAUAAAAUUUUACAAGCAUGUUGUACAAAGCGUGGAAAAAUUCAUUCAAAAAUGCAAGCCGGAGUACAAAGUACCUGGAUUGUAUGUAAUAGAUUCAAUUGUUCGACAAUCCCGACACCAGUUUGGGAUGGAGAAGGAUGUGUUUGCUCCACGAUUUGCGAAGAAUAUGCAAACCACCUUUCUUAAUCUUUUAAAGUGCCCGCAGGAGGAUAAGAGCAAGGUUAUACGUGUAUUAAAUCUUUGGCAAAAAAAUGCGGUUUUUCCACCGGAGGUUAUUCAACCACUUUUCGAUCUGGCAGACCCAAACCAUCCGAUACAUAAAGAACAGCCAGUAAAUAGCAACGGUACAUUAAAUACAUCAUCCGGUAAUAAUUUAAGUAAUGUAAGUGCGGUCACCAAGACUCCGCCAUCUGCAAUUAAAAACGCCGUGAAGGAUCCCAAACUAUUUCCAUCUGGAAAAAUGAUUGAUCCAGCAUGGCUGGCACAAACAAAAAUGGAAGCAGCGGUCAAUGCGAAUAAACUUUUGAAUCAGUCCAAUUCCGGUCCGAUGGAUUCCUCCUUCUUCGACCAGUUACAACAUUUACAGCAACUACUUAUGAAGAAAGACGUUACGAAUGAACCGAAGAGUUCCGUCAAGUUUGAUAAAAAGUUGUUGGAUUUUGAUUACGGCGAGGAAGAGGAUGACGACGUCGUUGUUACCAAUUCUCCCAACGCAUCUGCCUCGGCCAACACCCAGCACAACACCGUUUCGACGAACAGCAGUUUAGAAAGCCUUGGACUGUUGCUCGCAAAUCCAGAGGUUCUGAGGCAACUGCAAACUCUACAACAAACCAUGCAAAGCAAUGCAUCCUCGUCACAGCUUGAAAUGGAAGAAAAGAUGCGCAAGCUGCAACAAAUGAAGCAGCAGGAGGAAGAAUUUGAUAAGCAUUUAGCACAAACUGUUCCUAACCUUCCAUUUGCAUCUGAAUGCGAGUUGAAACCUUCGGAUAUCUUGAAGCCAAGCACACAAAAUUAUGCGUCUAAUAUGAACAGCAACGUGAUGCAGGAUAUGAGUCAGCCGCCGCCUGGUUAUCCGCCAGCUCUGUCGUACACCUCGCAAUCUUUAUCGAAUAUUCGACAGAUGAAUCAGUCCGCGCAUCAAAAUCAAAAGAGUCCGUUGCUUGAUGAGCGUCAAGAAACGCAGGAUUAUCCUGGAAACAAUAUCAGACGUGACAGCAGCAGUGUGGAAAUCGUAAACUGCGAAAACACGAGCUCCCAAAGUAGAUCGCCAGAACGAUAUCGACAUCACAGUCGAUCCCGAUCUCCACGGCACAGAGACAGAGAUAGAGAUCGAGAUAGAGACAGAAAAUCUCGGUCUAGAAGCAGAUCGAGACGGAGAAGAUCUCGUUCAAGAGAUAGGGGUCGUGAUAGAAAACGUGAUGAUAGCCGAGAAAAAAUGACGGAGGAAGAGCGGGAGAGGGAUAGGGAGCGACGCAAACGCGGUUUGCCACCAAUAGUUAGAGAUAAAUUAAGUGUUUGCAGCACAACACUUUGGGUAGGACAUUUGUCGAAACUCGUGCAUCAGGAAGAAUUGUCGGACACGUUUGGAGAGCUUGGUGAUAUUGUUAGCAUUGAUUUAAUCUCACCGAGAGGUUGUGCUUUUAUAUGUAUGAACAGAAGGCAGGAUGCAUAUCGAGCGCUAACAAAAUUGAAAAAUCAAAAAAUGCAAGGCAAAGCUAUUACGUUAGCAUGGGCGCCUGGCAAAGGAGUGAAAGGCAAGGAAUGGAAGGACUACUGGGAAGUAGAGCUGGGCGUCAGUUACAUCCCUUGGAAUAAAUUAAUCAACAUUACCGAUCAAGAAUUGGAGUUACUGGAAGAAGGAGGGAUGAUAGACGAAGACACAUUACCUCCCCAUUUGAAAGGAAAACUGAAACACACUGGCACAAGCGCGGAUGUUCUACAACAACAAUUGCAUCUGCAACAGCAAGCAAUGGUUGCCGCCGCAAACGCUGGUGCUCCUAUACCCACUUUGACAGACGGUAUCGUUAAUGUCAUACAGUCGUCGGCUAAUUCGCAGCAACAGCAGCAGCAGCAGCAACAAUUAGUCGACACUAGUCAACCGCCACCAAUUAGACCACCAACAUCGGCUGCGUUACUGCCUCCCCCAAAUACGCAGUUACAAAUGAUGCCACCAGCAUUUACGAUGCCUGGAGUACCACGAAUGAUUAGCCACAUGGGCCUACAAAUGACGCAUGGACUAAUGCCGAAUGUUCCGAUCGGGGUGCCACCACCUAACAUGCAGAGUCUGCUGGGACCACCCGGCAUGAUGCAGACUAUGUUGACAUCCUCAGUAAACCCGCCAUUUGGAGCAGGUGUUGGCGUAAGUUUACUGACGCAAAUUCCACUGCCCGCCCCUGCAGCGCCUUCGGAUAAGCCAAACUCCACUGGAUACGAGAUCCUGAAUAUUACAGGUAUGCCGCACAACGUCCCACCGAUUGGAGUACCACCGCCUACGACGGAGACGAGUAUGCCGAACUUGCCGAUGUUGCGGCAACCGUACGGAGUCGGCCCUGCACCACCCAUGCAGAUGCAACUACCUCAGCAGCAGCACCACUCGGACGAUAUGGACGUGGAAAUGGAGGACGCGAUGCCGCAAAGUUUGAGCAGUAACUUGCCCAAGGACAAGCCGAACCUCAGUGAUCAGUUGAUCGCGGCGAUGAAUAUAAGCGGCAGUGUGAACGACUGCCGUCUGGAGAACGAUCAGUCUCGCGAGUACAAGGAACGGGAACGUGAUCGGGAGAACAGGGAAAGGAGGGACCGAAGUGAUCGAGAUCGCGGAGAUCGCAUGGAUAUCAACGAGUGCAGGAUGGAUCGUGGCAGGGACAGAGGAAGGGGACGGGAUCGCGGACGAGAUAGACGGAGAGACGGUCGCGACGGUCGUGACAGAGAGAGGGACGAGAGACGCGACAGGGACAGCCGUGAGACCCGGGAGAGCCGGGAGAGCAGCGCCAGACACUCGGAUGGAGGAUCGAGUGUGCAAAAUCAAAACAUUCAGGAAGGCGAGAGCAUGAAGAAGGAGAGCAAGCCCAGUUUAGCCGAACGACUGCGGCAAUUGGCGGACGGUACGUUACCGCUGGACGAUCGAAUGGACAGGAACAUGCGUAGCAACCGAGCCGAGCGUAGCAGCGAGCGGAAUGACAGGAGCUUCGAGGAGAGUCCCGGAGGCGCGGGAGGACGACGGCCACCCGGCGACAUGCCGAUCUCACUGAUGGACCUACCCAAGUUCGCCGGAGUGCUGCCUCCGGACCGAACAGACUUCCCGCGGGGACCGGAUUUCCGGAGCGGGCCGCCAGACGCGCGCGAAUUUCCGCAGCGCGGCCUGUCCGAUCGGCCUGAUCGACAGAACUUUCCGCCGCGCGGUGGGCCGAGGGCUUCGCAGAUGGACGACUUCCUGGAUCCCAGGAUGCAACCCGGUAUAUUCCCGGAGGAGUACGAGGGCAGGCUAGGCCACAACGGGCCGCGGCCCGAUGACUUUCCGCCGGGUAGACUAGGCCCGGCCCGCGACGAGUUCGAGCGACCGGAAGUGCGUGCUCGCAGACCGCCCGUGGACGAGUACGAACGUGAGCGUUUCGAGUACGAGAUGAGACGCGAUGGAUUUGACCCACGUAUGCAGGACGGCUUCGAUCUCAGGGGACACAACGAGCGCACCGACUUCGAUCUUCGCAGGAGAGAGUUCUUCGGUGGUCCGAUGGAGCCUGUGUUCGGAAUGCCGCCUUUAAUGGGGCCAAAGGGACCGCGAGGACCGGUUGAUGGAUUUGGACCGCGCGGAGCCAGGGGACCCGGUCCGCUGAUGUUCCAUCUACGUGGCAUGGGUCCGAGAGGUAUGAGGCCCGGGAUGAGGCCGCCGUUCGCACCUCGAGGUCCGCCGUUCGAUCCCAGAGAAACGGACACUUUCUUCCGACCGCCGUUCGACGAUAUGCGCGGUCGCCCGGGACCGCACAUCCGACCACCGUUUGGCCCGAUGGGCCCGCCAGCGAUACACGGACCGGACGGACCGUGGAGAAAUCAGGAGGGUAGCGGACCGCCGCCCGCGUCGUGGUCCGGCCAGGAACCCGAAGGACACGGGCAACGCGAGAAUCAUCUCCCGCGGGACAAGCCGAAAUCAGCGAAGCAUCAGGACUUUAAAAACGUGUCCGAGCGGGAGAACCGCAACCGAAACCGAAAGUCCAGGUGGGGUAACGUUAGUCCACCGCUGACGGACGACGUGGACGAGAUGCCGUCGGAAGAAGCUGAAAAUAAGGCGGAGACAUCGGACGGCGCGGAAUUGGAGGCGAAGGAUGGCUUUGACGUUUCAGCUGUGGCUGUCGAUCAACAGGGUCUUCUGAUGCAAAAGGAACAAGAUGACUCGGCGAUGCACGAGCAGGAUGUGAUGCACGGUGACAGAGAAGAUGAGUUUACGAGUAUACCGAACGAUAAGGAUGAGAUUAGCUAUACAAUUGACAAGGGUCAGGCCAAUACCUUCGAAAUUGGUGCGGAUCAUUUCUCCAGCAACGAUUUAGCGCUAAAGCAGCGGGAUGAAGAGGAACAGUGUGAAUACGAAGCACCCAUUCCAGCUGAAGAUUCAGCGCAACAAAAUGUGGUACAAUCGAUCGAACAAAUAGGGCACGUCAGUGAGAAUCAUAGUGAGCAAUCAGUGGAACAGCAAGCGGAUUCGUUAUAAACAUCGAGGAAGGAAAGGAAAGAAAAGAUCGAUAUUGGGAAAAUUACCAAAGUAAAGUAUAAAGAAUCUUCAGGCAGAUUCGUGUAAAAUAUCGUUUAAAUCGAUACGAUGUACAUAGAGUGCUACAGUGAGAGCGAGAGAGAGAGAGAGAGAGCGUGCGCGCGAGAGAGAGGGAGAGAACGAGAGAGUGAGAGAAAGAGAGGGAGAGAGAGAGAAAAAAGUGAAAAAAAAUUCGAUUUUACAGACUCAGAAUUAUCGCACUCUGGAGUGGUGGGGGAGCCGUUGGGUCCAGUGAGUUGUUUUGAGUAUCUUUUAGUCGUCAAAAUAUUCAAUUGUUGACUCUCGUGUAAGUCUUAAUCAAGAUUUCUUCCCAACUGAAAUCUGCUGCUUAGAUAAUUGCUGUGAUAGAGUGAACACAGGACCUGUUUUAUCCGUGUAGAGGUAUAUACAGAGAUUCACUUCUUAAUCGAAAUUCUUUCGUAAUCUUUGCUUUACUUCUCUUUAUUUUUUACGUUAGAUCGCAACGGUCGUGUAGAAUUUUAUAUCAAUAUAUACACAUAUGCAUAUGUGUAUAUAUAUAAACGUAUAUAUAGGCACGUUUAAAAGAAUUCCAUCAUUGCCAUCUAUACGAGAUACCAAUCUCCAGUCAAUCUUUUUGUAGUUUUGUUAAGAAUUUUCCUGUAGUUAAUUUCGAAUCGUAUCUUAUCGGGUAUUGUACAGCGAUAGUAUCGUACCUCAUGCUCCUUUUGAGGAUUAAUUUAUUGAAUUGUACAUACUUUUAUAUUUUCGUAGCAGAACAAAUGAAUGAAUAUAAAUGUGCAGAUUUGCCAUUGCUCAAUCAAAGAAAGAAAAGGAAUAAAUAUUUUAUAUAUAACGUCUUUGAUAACAAAAGAAAACAUGGCCUUGUUAUUCCGAUACGACGCGUAGCUCCCGAUCACGACAAAAUGGAAACGACAGACUUAAGUCUACACGUGUAUAAUAUACGAAUUAUAUUUCUAGGCAUCUACAGAGACAUGUACAUAACACAAUUCCGAAUAAUAUCCGUUUUUCUCUUUUCGUUCCCGUUCGUUGAUCUUUUUUCGUCGGUUCCGUGAAAUUAAUUAAUUAUUCUUCCCUUGGAUUCUACACAAUCGAAUAAUUCAGAUAUGACCCCCGUACUUUAACUCACGGCACAGUUUCAUUUUAUUCUGCAUGAGGAGAGGAUUUGAGAUAAUCCGUUUGAAUACAAGAGCGAGAAUGAUUGCAAAAGUACGACGCAUCCCACGCGUACACGCGCUUCCAUUUAACAUACACAUUUAGACACACACAUUACACAUACACGUACAGACAACUUGGUUCCUGUGUUCACAUACGCAUGUAUUGCACGGCGCAGCGAUGGAAGACACGUGCUUGCGCUCAAACUGAGUGACAAGUGCAAGGUAUUGUUCCCAAUUACUUUCACAUACCGUUAGUCAAGAAAUGUGACACUAAGAUGAUCUUAAGAGAGCCACCGCUUGGCCGCCACCACUCCAGGAUGAAAACUCGUCGAUACAAUAUACUAACAAUUUAAUUAUUAUUGUGUAUCUUUAACGAUUAGAAUAAUUGCUUACGGCUAAGAGAUGUGGUAUUAAGGGAGAACGACUUCCAAAGUUGAAAUGUCCGAUCGUGUUCCACUUGUUUGGACUCGUCAACUGAAUCGAACUCUUUGAUUCUGAAAAAAAAAAAAAAAAACGUUAAUAUUAGACGUUCACUUCGCGCCUUUAAUGAUAAAAUAAAAAUUGGAUUGUUAAGAGAUAAUCGUGGUAGACUUUCUAACGAGCCGUUAAAAUAGGAUACGAUAGCAUUAUUUCGACGCGUAAUAAUGUUUGAUAUUUUCACGUUAGAACGCAUGUACGCCUAUUUCUUUGCUUUGAGCUUACUUUACUAUAAGUUUCGUUUUACGAUCAUAUAUUCAUAUAUGUGAAUCCAUGAACAAAAACAGCAACUGUAUUUAAGAGCGUAUACUUAAUAUGAACAUAAAUAUAAAUUGACAAAAUAUUCUUUCUUUUUACUAGUAGAAGGCUAGUACUUAUCGUAAUUUUCCGCGUGACACGCACGUAAUGUCUAUCAUUUCGUUGACAAAUUUCAACUCUAAUAUCCUGAUGCAUACAUUAUAACGCAUAUAAAAAUAUGAGAUUUUAUAUGCAUAGAAAUUCUGUAAAAUGUACUAUACAGAUAACAAUCUGCUGAUAUUUGUUUAUAUCCAUAUCACUUAUAUUUGUUUUUUUUAUUUUUUUUUUCGAUUAAUUUCAUUAUAACUACUGCUGCAGUUCGAAUAUCAUAAAUGAUUUUCGAAAUGAGUAUGAAUAACACAUACAAAUGAAGAAUCAUUAGGAGCACAAGCUGAAUAUUAUUAUUUAAUAUAUAGUUGCAAUUUGCUUUCAAUUCACAUAACAUAUUGAAGAUACAUCGCAAUCAUAAGUUUCAUGGAUAUAAAUUAAAAAGAAAUUUUUAAAACGAGAGCAAACCUGGAGUGGUGCGCGGCACUGCAUUCUAGGAUUUUAUACGUAUAUUAGAAUGAGAUUAUAAAUUUAUAAUCUGACUAUAAUGUGGAACCUUUUGAAGCAUGUUAAAUUAUGUUUCCUCGUGUAUAUAAUGUGCUUACCUUUAAAACUCCAACAUUCGCAGGACAUAACAUUUUAAUUUUUUAAAGUUUUUAUUUUAUUUUUUUAAUUA